AUGAGUAACUCUGUAACAAACCGCCUCUUCUCCGGAAAGAGCGAGAAGAUCGGAACCCAAUUUGUGGACUUUUUUCGUAAGCCAGGAGCAUUAAAAGACGUCGAGGCGUACCUAAAUCAGACUAAAGACCACUGUUAUGGUAAUCACGAGAAAUGGAUCAAGGAGAAGACGGUUUUUACUGGAUACACCGGCGGUCCUGCCCUCCUUGCCGAAGGUGAAAACGUACUUAUAAUAGGGAACCACAACUCUUUUGACGUUACCCAGUACAAAGAGGACCCGGCAAAAGCAGGCAUGUCGAUGAUCCAUAUCCUGGGGAUCCCCAAAAAGGGAAUUUUCAACGGUGUAUCGCUCAACCACAACACUGUAUCCGUCAUCGACGAGACAAUAGACCUAUUUAAGGACAAGUGGGAAACUCCCGACUUUCGCCAGAAAGUCCUAGACUACCAGAAGUUAGCUAUAACGAACCGGACUUCCACAGAAUCGCUUGCAAGACUGAAUGAAGAGCUUGACCCAAGGCCGGCCCUAGACGCAGGAGAUGAAGCCAUUAGUCACUGGAAGGAACUCGAGGCCGGGAUCCAUAGCUUGAAGUUCGACGACUUCACCUUUGGUCUCCAUCUAUGGCCUGACCAUAGCGUAGGCCAUCUUCACCUGCAUAUUAUCGCUACGCCGGAUUGGUGCCGCAAAUAUAGCACUUUUAAGCACGACGAGAAGACCAAGGACGCCCUUGAAGUUUGCAAUUUCGUCCGAGGUCUUUCUCGCGUCUAAA